UGCAAGGUCGUGGUGGAUAGCGGGGAGAGUUAUAGAUGUGUAAUUGUUAACGUUGGUUAAUCCAGCCCUUCUUAAUAUCUAAAUUGUGAAACAUCCAUUUUGCCGUUUUGUUCUACCUAUACCCUGAAAGAACUGUGUGAACAUAAAUGUUGAGGUGCUAACCAUAAGAAUAUGGAGUGAUGUCAUCGCUUAGAAACCUUCACAUCACCAUGCUGAACCGGAGAUAAAGAGAAGAAAAACAACUCUAAUUGUCCUCAAUUUGCGUAUUAUAUACUUCUAAUUAAUAUGGGUAACAGUUGUUCUUCAGGACAAAAAAAGAAAGACAAAGAGAAGACUCAGUCAAAAGUGGGCUCUCCUUUGGGUAGCAAACGUAGAAGUUCUGCCCAAUCCACAGAGAGUAUUCCUUAUGGUAAAGGCUCACCACCAACAACCAGAGUUAACGAUUGGGGGACUGUACCCAGUGAGGCAACUAAUCUUCCUCCAAGAUAUGAUGCCAAUCAAUCUCAGCUUGAAGAAGUAUCAGAAGUGUCCACCCAAGAUCUAGACACCCCACAGUCUCCACCUGUUCCAAAACUUUCAUCCACAAUCCAAACAACAGUUGAAAAGGAUGGCAGUGGCUUAUCAGAUUUGUUGAAAUUUCCUGAAGCAGUGCGAUCACUGUUACUUGGGAGGUUUGAGGAACCAUUACCACCAUGUUCUGUUAGACAGAUAUCUCUUUACUUCAGUGCUGAUUAUAAUGAUACUCAAGUAGAAAGAUCUGCUUUUAUGGAAAGCAUUUAUCCAGACUUGAGGUUGCGAUGUGCUGAGAAUGACUAUGAACUCAAUGUGGUAGAUUUACACUUAGGCCUUAAUGGGGACUGCUUAGAUGACCAUAGUUUCAAGGAAGUCUGCCUGGAUACUAUCAGGGAAUUAAGAGGACGAGGACAACUUAUUACUGUGGUCUUCCUUAAUGAAAUUUUGGACACACCUUUAUUACCACGAGAGAUUUUAGCCACUGACUUUGAAUCUUUCAAAAGCAACAUAGAAUCUGAAGAGAAGAAACAACUGUUUGAAAAAUGGUAUUUUCUUGAUGAAAAUGCAAAUCCUUUGUCCUAUAUCCUUUGUCCUAUCAGCGAACACCUUCCUUGUCUUCUGGAGGAAUUACAAGACACCAGACUAGAGGCUAUUAAUGAAUGGAGAAAAGAAUCAAAAGAAAUGUUAGAGACUCUAUAUGCAGUUUUAGGAGAAGAAGAGAAGUCCAAGUAUUUAACAACAAUCUUAGAAGAUGAAUUAAAAACAGCAAUUUUUGAUGACCCUUCCAUGAAUAAACACUGUUUGUGGUUGCAACGGAGGUUUACUCAUCGAUCUAAAACCGAUGAUUCUACUGCUUCUGAUGAAAGUCAAAACAAAAGUUUUAGUGCCAGGCUUGAUGAAAGCACUGCUUUAAAACUACGGUCAGUGAAGAUGCACUUAGAAGAACAUUUGUCAGAUUCGCAGAAGUUAAUAUUUCGUGUUAAAUGGCACGAUGGCACUAUUGACCCAGUUGCUGUACCAGAACAUGCUGAAUACUUAAACGAACUGUGUACAACAGUAAAGGAAGAGCUAUGUAAAAUAAUCGAUGGAUUAAAUGAGGAGCUUAUUAUGGAAGAAUCUCACCAAUUGUAUAAAGGUAUAGAAAACCAACUUUACACUGAACUUGUACAACAGGCUGCUACCUGUAAAGCCCUUCUUUCUUCAUUCGUUGGCCGUCAAGAACUUCUUGCAGAAUUGCGUAAUUAUAUCAUCUCUGAUUCUAAUCAUCCUGUCAUUAUUCAUGGACCUGCUGGCUGUGGAAAAACUGCCCUUGUGGCUCAAGCUUCUCAACUAUGCUCCGAUUGGUUACCAAUUGCUCCUGUUAUUGUGCGCUUUGUGGGAGUGACAUCUGAAUCUAAAACACUUGAGCAAGUUCUGCGCAGUAUUUGUGAACAAGGCUGUGCUCUCUUUGGUGAGCAUCCAUUUCUAGCAUCAAAGAGUGGUUGGGAACCUAACCAAGUUCUUGAAGUAAUUAUGGACAAGGUAUCAUCCCAUCGUCCAUUGAUAAUUUUUAUUGAUGGAAUAGACCAGGUUGAUUCAUUCAGCAGUAAAGACCUUCAGUGGUUGCCAGCUGAACUGCCAAAGCAUGUAAAACUUAUACUUAGUGUUCGAGAUGAAACUGAUGAAUUUCAGGAACUAAAGGAAAACUUAUUGAAUGAGAAAGAAGAGAGCUUUCUUCUUGUUCCUGGCUUAACCCAAGAAGAAGGCUUAUCCCUUGUGGAAGAAGUCUUACAGAAGAAGGACCGAAAGAUAACUGAUUCACAGCGCCAACUCAUUCAAGAGUGUUUUGAAAAAUGUAAUUUCCCUCUCUAUGCUGAACUAUUAGCUCAUCAGAGCUCAGAGUGGGAAAGUGACCAAGGUCCAGAUGAUAUUGUAAUCAAACAUACAAGUGAGGGGGUGUUUAUGGACUCUGUAACUGAGAUAGAAAAAUGUUUAAGUGCUGCUGCUUUGGGCUUUAUACUUGGGCUCCUAGUCACAGCAAAACAUGGACUAUCUGAUGCUGAAGUAUUAGAUAUUGUGUCGUCUGAAGAAAGUUUUUUAGAUCACUCAUUUCUUAUUUCUAAUGCAUCAGCACCUAGCUACUUUCCUUAUUUGCUUUGGUAUCAAACAAAGAAAAAACUUUCUUUGUUUCUGAAAACGUCUAUAGUAGGUGGUAAGUGUUUAAUUUCUUGGAAAAAUAAUAUGUUUAGAUCUUUGUGCAAAAGGUACUGUAAUCAUGUAGGUGUAACAACCAACUCCUUGACUGUGGCACUAAUUAACUACUUCCAAGAAAAGCAUAAAAAUUACAAAAACAAAUCUGAAUCUAGUGAGGAAGGAGCAGAAAAAAUGAGCCAAAAGUUUGUGCUAGACCAGCCACUGCUCUAUAAAUUUCAUCCCAAUCGUCGAAAAAUUGAUGAGUUGCCAUUUCACUGUCUGCAACAUUUUGAAGACAGCUGGGUUAGAGAACACUUUCUUUUCAAUGUUGAGUGGCUACAAAGUAAGCUGCAAGGGUCUGAUCCCUAUCAGGUGCUAGAGGACAUUGCCAUAUAUCAGUCUCAUUCUCCUACUGAUGAGGAAGUUCUACUUUUACAAAAAAUCAUCCAGCUUUCCAGUUAUGCCCUUCGGUAUGAUGGUUUGCAAUUUUUAUCUCAAGUGUAUGGCCGACUAUUGCCUAUUAUGGCUACAAUCACUGAUAACUCACAGUUCUCUUCUAUUAGAACAAUCUUUCAUACAGCUUGCUGGCCACCUACUCCAAGUCUUCUUCCUCUCAUGCCUUGCCUACAACCGCCGCAUUUAGAGCAUCAACAGUCACAAGAUACUGGUGAUAAAAAUACUGCAAGAUCUUUCUGUGGCCUUUAUUGGUUGAAAGAUGACUUCACUCAUAUACUUUCACUCUCUACUGAAAGUGAGGAAAUAAUUCUCUGGAAUAUUUAUGAACAAACACCUGUCAGAACAAUUAAAGGUGUAUCACAACCCAGAAAUAUUCAAAUGGUAGAUGCUUAUCGUGCUUUGGUGUUGUGUAAUCGGGAAUUGAAAGUUUAUGAUUUAAAUGAAGGCAAGUUUCUUAAAAAGUUGAAAGGUGUGAUGAAUCAGAAGAUGGCAUACUUUGGGCUACAUAAUGAAAACUAUGUUGUAGCACUUUCACGGAAUCGGAUGUAUCUGAAUAUGAUGAAUCUAGAAACAGGAGAUUUGGAGACAACCUUUAAAGUUGGUGAGGACAGGUUUUUGAACAGCUUAUUGGUUAGUGCCAGUGGGAGAAUAUGUGUGUGUGGAGAUGAAACACAAAAACCUUUCCCACUACUGGUUUGGGACCUAGCUAGUAGAAAGCUCAUGUAUGAUCUGCGAAUACCACACCAUGAAUUUGUGACUCGUUUAUCAGCAAUUAGUAGUGAUGGACAUUAUGUGGCCAUUGUUUGUAGAGAAUUAAAUGACAGCAGUCCUAAUUUCAUCAUUGUUUAUGAUCUUCAAAGUGGUACCUUGUUUAAAAAGUGGAAACCUGAAAGUAGCAGCUGCAGCAUAGCCAUCUCAUCACAAGGUGGCUGUGUGGUGAAUGGCUUAGAAAACACCUGGAUCUUAGUAUGGGAUUUGGCCACUGGUGGACGCAGAUUUAUCUUGCGUGGACACAGUGCACCAGUUGAUAAUAUAAAGAUAGAUGAAUCAGGAACCAGAUGUCUUACUUUUGACUUAAGUGGGAAAGACCGAAGUAUUCGUCUGUGGGAUCUAGCCAAAGGCAUUUGCCUUGCAGUGUUCACACCUGAUCAAGCAAUUUCUUGCUGUGAGUUCUCUUCAGAUGGUAGAGCAGUAGUGAUGGGGCUUGAAGGUAAGGAUGGACUAGUUACCCUUCUCCUGUGUCAUCGUAGCACAAUCGAGGAAGAAAAGAGAAAAGUUAUGGAGUUUGGAGAUCCAGAAAACAAAGGCAAGAUUUUUGAUGUCAGUGAAGAACAAUAAUAUGAAAAUACCAAGAGCCAAAACUCAUGCAACCUCGUGCCACUCAAAAAAACGCACAUGAGUGGUGGCCGGGAUCCCUGUGCUGCUGACUUUAGCUAGGCCUGCCACUGAUCACUGGGGAAACUCAAAAAUGUUAGCUUGUAUAGAUCAUUUCUUAACAUAUGGCAUUACUUGAUCACCUCAAGUCAUUUUAAAAACGUCAGAAUUAGUAACUGUACCAAUUUUGUUGUUGUCAUUGUGCUUCAUAACAGCAUUUGUCAUUAUUAAGAUAUAAUUAUCAAGUAUUCUAAAUAGUUAUUAAUACCCAUAAGAAAAAUUUUUAAUUCUUAAAAUACGUGCUUCAAGUGGCAUUUUUACUCUUAAAACUAUUGUGAGUGCUUAUUACAAUGUGUGUAUUUAUUAUUAUUAUAAAACAUAAUACUGUUCUUUUCUUUAUAUAUUCAGUGUCUUUUUUUUUUAAUAAUAGUUGGUUUUAUAUAAUUUCAAAGUAUGAUUAAGAAACUUUCAACAUUGGUUUUGAUUGCAUUUCAUAUUUAAUUAUACUAAUACUGAAAUAGUUUUAGAAAGAAAGAAGAAAAUAUUUCAUGACUUAAAAUAAUUGCCAUUUCGAAACAUAUUGCUUUUGCUACAUCAGGAAUGUAAAAAAAAAAAGAAAGAAACUGUUGAAUAAAGUUCCAGCUUUAAAAUACAUUGAUAGGUAUAUGUAGAGUUACUGCUUUCUCACAGUAAAAAAGCAAGAUUUACAAAUAAUCAAAUAAAUUAAAUAUGUUAAAAAAGAUUUAUUUUCAGGGAAAACAUUCCUUGAAGAGAGAGGCAUAGUUGCAAAAUGUAUACAGUAGACUAUCUUAGUAAUUUUCAUAGCAAAUUAAUGUAACAAUUCAGAAUUUUCCAAUACAUUAAGGAUUUUCAAUCAUUCCAGUUUCUUUCUGUGUUCUGAAAAGUUCCAGGUUUUCCAAAAAUGCCAACUCAAAUAGAUUACUCGGACUUUUGUAAUUUCUUUAUUUCUGGAAAGUUUUAAAAAUUGCAAUUGCUGUGACACCUAAAAUCAAAAUGAGUCUUGCAACUCACUCUAAUCUCUCAAAGGACUGAGAACAAGUGUCAGAUUAAACUCUAAUUGGCCUGUUUUGAAAUAAUUCAAUAGUCUCAUUACAUAUUUUGUAGAAAAUUUAAUUACCAUAGCUAAAAGAUUUAAAGAGGUAACUGCACUAGCUCAUUGCCAAAAUUUAUACAUCUCAUAAAUAAAAAAAAGCAUUUGAAAUUUUAAAAACUUGGUAAUACCAUAAUGCUAAACUUAAAUGGUUUUUACAUUAGGUGGUUUUGAGUUUCAUAGUAUUGUUAAUUGUUUAUGUUUCUUUUCAUGUCCUUUCUCAUUACUUUUUUGUACAUGUCAACAAAUUCUCUGCUAGGUAUUUUGUGUAUCCUCUUUUUUUUUUUCCUUUACAGACUGACAUUGUUUUUAUUGAUAAUGAUUUU